AUGACUCCGCAAUGCUUCUUGAAAACCCUGAAGACAGCUAAACAAACUUAUACAUUCUCAAUCUACAAGCUUCUCCUCAAUUCUUCCUCUAUAAACCAAACUCUUGCUUCACCGGAAACACCACUCUCCGAUCUCAAUCUCUCCACUCUUCGCCGUAUUUUAUCAGACCCAGAUAUCAAAUCCUGGAAAUGCAUCUCCCUUUUCAAUUUCAUCCUGGAGAACCCAUCUCUUUUCUCAUUCCAACCUGAUCUCAGAACUCACUUGUCUCUCACUUUCCGUGUCUUGUCGGAGAGGAGAUUCUCAUAUGCGAAAGAACUCUUGAAGCCUGUGGCUAUUGAUGACAUUCUCAGGUACCCUUUUAAUGUAAUCGUCUCUAGCGUUAUUGAUGAAUGUGGUUGUGAGAAGAAAGUUGUUGGGAGGUUCUUUAAUUCGAUGAUUAUGGUUUAUUCAGACAAUGGAAAAUUUAGUGAAGUUGUUGAGGUUUUUGAGUAUAUGAAGAACAAUGAAGUUAAGAUUGAUGAAAAGACUUGUACUUUGCAUUUGUUGAAUCUCAAGAGAUGUGAUCAGAUGGAACUAGCUAGAGAUUUCUUUAGUCUAAUGGUUGAGUCAGGGAUUGAUGUUGUUACUGUGUACUCUUUAACUGUUGUUGUUACGGUGUUGUGUUGCAAUGGGGAGAUUACAAGAGCAAGAGAAUUGGUGGAGGAGAUGGGGUUGGUUAAAGGGGUUAAGGCUAAUAUUGUUACGUUUAAGUCGAUGAUUGGUUGUUGUGUGAAAAGAUGGGAUUUUGAAGAGUUGGAUUUGGUUCUUAAGUUAAUGGAGAAGGAAAGUGUGAUGCUUGAUCUCGAUAGUUACAAGGUUUUGAUUGAUGGGUUUACUAGUUAUGGUAAGGUUGAAGAAGCAGAGAGGUUGGUUUUGAUGAUGCAUGAUAAGAAGUUAAGAGUGGAGAGUUAUCUGUAUAAUUUGAUUAUGAAUGGGUACUCUCGGUUUGGACUAGUGGAGAAAGUGAUUGAACUAUAUAGCGAAAUGAGUUCUCGAGGUGUUACUCCGAACAAAGAUACGUAUUGGGUGUUGAUGAAUGGACUUUGCAAAGCUGGGAAAGUUUGUGAAGCGAUGAGUUUUUUGAAUGAGUUGCGAGUGAAUGAGUUUGAGAUUGAUGAAGAAAUGUAUAGUACAUUGAGUGAAGAGUGUUACAGAGUAGGAAUGAUAGAUAAAUCUUUGGAAGUGGUGGCUGAGAUGAUUAGGGAUGGAUUCAUUCCUGGUGCUACGAUAUGUGAAAGAUUAGCUGAUUCGUUGUUUGAAGUAAACAGGAAAGAGGCACAAAUGCUGAUUACCAUUGUGGUUAAGUGUGGUAUUAAACCAAAAUCGUGUUCUCAAUAUGGUCUGAAAUGAAGAUGUGGUCGUAGUCGAGGAAGACUUAUCUUCUUUCUUAUUACCUAAAGAGUGAGAUGACACGCCUUUCCCUUACCAAGUCUCCAAGUCCAACUACAAAAACUUAAUGUCGAAGAUAUGGUAAUCUAGCUGACUAGCUCAACUAAGACUCAAAGAUACACAUGAAGUAUAGUGAUGUGCACAUAGUUGUUCCAUACCUCCAAAAGAUACAUUCUUUGAAAGAUUUGUGGUUCCGGAUGAAGAUGAAAGGGAAUGGUGACAGGAGAAGGAUUGAUAUGGGGACCGAGGACGAGGAACGUUAGUUUGAUUAGGUCCAUGUUGCUAACUCUUUCAUGACAACCAAAAUAAGGUCGAGGGACUACUUGAAGAUUGAAGGUAAAUCGCAAAAUUUUGA